GGACACGGCGCCCGGGAGAUGCAGGGCGCCCCGUCCCGGCGGCCGGCUCUGCGGGGGCUGCCCACCAUGACCGGGCCGAGGCUGGCCCUCGCCGCCGCGCUGCUCUGCUGCUGCACCUCGCCUGUGGCCGACGCCAACUCCUGGUGGUCUUUGGCCAUGAACCCCAUCCAGAGACCUGAGAUGUACAUCAUCGGCGCUCAGCCGGUGUGCAGCCAGCUGCCGGGGCUCUCUCCCGGGCAGCGCAAGCUCUGCCAGCUCUACCAGGAGCACAUGGUCUUCAUCGGGGAAGGAGCCCGCAGUGCUAUCAAGGAGUGCCAGUACCAGUUUCGGCAGCGGCGGUGGAACUGCAGCACGGUGGACAACACCUCCGUCUUCGGGCGGGUCAUGAAAAUAGGUAGCCGUGAGACAGCCUUCACCUACGCCGUCAGCGCUGCCGGGGUGGUGAACGCCAUCAGCCGCGCCUGCCGCGAGGGAGAGCUCUCCAGCUGUGGCUGCAGCCGCACGGCCCGGCCCAAGGACUUGCCCCGAGACUGGCUGUGGGGCGGCUGCGGGGAUAACGUGGAGUACGGAUAUCGUUUCGCCAAGGAGUUUGUGGAUGCCAAGGAGAGGGAGAAGAACUACGUGAGAGGUUCAGAGGAGCAGGCUCGCAUGCUCAUGAACUUGCAGAACAACGAGGCUGGCCGCAGGGCUGUGUACAAGCUGGCGGACGUGGCCUGCAAGUGCCACGGUGUGUCGGGCUCCUGCAGCCUCAAGACUUGCUGGCUGCAGCUGGCUGACUUCCGCAAGGUGGGCGACCUGCUGAAGGAGAAGUACGACAGCGCCGCGGCUAUGAGGAUCAGCCGUAAGGGCAAGCUGGAGCUGGUCAACAACCGCUUCAACAUGCCGACGCAAGAGGACCUGGUCUACGUCGACCCCAGCCCGGACUACUGCCUGCGCAAUGAGACCACUGGCUCUCUGGGCACCCAGGGGCGACUGUGCAACAAGACCUCGGAGGGCAUGGAUGGGUGUGAGCUGAUGUGCUGCGGACGGGGUUAUGACCAGUUCAAGAGCGUGCAGGUGGAGCGUUGCCACUGCAAGUUCCAUUGGUGCUGUUACGUCAAGUGUAAAAAGUGCACAGAGAUCGUCGACCAGUACGUCUGUAAAUGAAAGGAGCCACCAAAGCAACAAAUCUAUAUUAUAUAAAUCUAUAUAAAUAUAUUUUAUAUUUGUAUAAAUAAACAGAUGAUGAUAAUAAUUAAAGAAGCUUAUUUAAGAGACAUUUUGGUUUUGAAAUUUCCCCAUCAGGCCAGCUGGUUUGCCACUCCUUCCGUUCUGCUGGAGAGUUUAUCUUUGAGUGCGUCUCCCCUUGGGUGUUCCAGUCAAGGUGAAGAGGCUGAGGAGAUGCUGACAAAGUGAACUCCCCCCUGCGCACAAGCACACACACUAUUUCAUUACAGAAAGAAGCCAGCGAGAAAGAGGAGAGUGGGCUCUUUCUGCUCUCUCGUGGGUAAAUCUCAGCACUUUGCAUAUUUACAGCCAGAGGUGGGUGUGUCCUAGCUACCCAAGUCCGAAACCCUGCCACCUCACUAAACCCACUGGGGAAUUUUGGACCAACUCUUGACCCCUUUAAAGGGCUUUGUCACGUUAGGAGGAAGUUUAGCCUAGGCUCCUCUAAGAGAGUACAGCUUAAAAUCCAGAGUCUUGUAAACUAUUCCUGGACACUGCACAGACCACAACGUGGUGGAGGAAAGUCUGCAAGAUGCUGCUGCGAGGAAGGGACCUUUGAGCUGUGCUGACCAGCUCAUGGCCUGGGAGUCCCGAGGCAGCCAACACCUAGCUCUUCUGUACUGCCUGGGCAAAGGGCAAAUCUGUCCAGCUCAGACUACAGGGCCACGUGCGUUAGGGAGACAUUUUGUUUUCUUUUAAAUCACACGCUGAAACUUAAUUUAUCCAUGUAGAGGAGAAGCUGCCAGUGCCCAGGGAUGUUGGCAAAGGCGAUAUACUUCAAAUCGUACCAGCAGAAAGAAGCACUGCGUGCACUCCUCAUACCACUGGCAGCUUUCCUCUUUGAAGUGGAUGCAGGUGGUCACCUUGUUCUGCUCUAUUAAAUCCUCUUCACCACCAUCCCAGAUGUAUAGUUUCUCUUUACCAUUAA